AUGUUAGCAAGGAUUAUUGGAUUUUUGAUUAACAUUUUGAGUUACCUUCCCAUCUACAUAUACAAUCUAUUGUACAGUAGAUUCUACACAAAAUGGACUUACGUAAUGAUGUGCGAUCGAUUGGAGAAAAAGAUGGCGAAUGUCAAACGGAUUCUGGAUGUUGGAGUGGGCACAGGACACCCUAUGAAACAGAUUAUAAAUAGGAUUCCCUCCAGAAUUCGAGUGGUCGGGAUAGACAUCGAUACUAAUUAUUUGAGAUAUGCAAGACAAACAUUCAAGCAGAAUGAAAAUGUAGAAAUUAGAGAAUAAAACUUUUACGAUUUGGAAAGCUCAAAGGAACAAUAUGAGGCUGUGAUCUUCUCUUCGUCUUUCAUGAUAAUGCCGGACAGAAUAAGAGCAUUAAGAAUUGCGAAAUAAAGGUUGAGCAAGGGGGGUUCCAUCUUUUUCCUAUUGACUCUAGAGCCAUACAAAAACUAUAAAACAGUCAUCAUUGAAAAAAUCAAGCCUUAUCUAAAAUACAUCACAACCAUUGAGUUCGGCAGCAUUACUUAUGAAAAGGAUUUCGAACUUAUGCUUAGAGAAGAAGGAUUGUAAAUUACAUCUAAAGAAAAAGUUGCUAAAUAUAGUGUAUUUUUGGCAAUAUUUAAUAUGUUUGUGGUAGAGGCAGAAGUAAUAUGA